GUACCUCAUAAAACCCACAGAGGACACGCAAUAUCCAGAGUGUACGCACGCUUUUAAGCCUGAAUAUUUUGGGCGAUAAACAACAGCGUCCAUGAUGAGAGUCGAGUCUCUGCUGAGCUUCUCCGCGGUUCUGGUUCUGCUUCCCAGCACGUCAGAUGCCCUCCAGGGAGCUUUCCCUCAUCCAAACAAAUCUAACCAGAACGACCCGGAGCGUUGCCACCCACCUCCCAUCAGUGGAUUCAUUUCCCGCGGGUUGACGCCUGGAACCACAACCGACGAGGUUCUGGAGUCCAGUCAGGAGGCGCUGCACGUCACGGAGCGUCGGUACCUGCGGCUGGACUGGUGUAAGACACAGCCACUCAAGCAGACCAUCCACGAAGAGGGCUGUCUGAGCCGGACCAUCAUCAACCGGUUCUGCUACGGCCAGUGCAACUCCUUCUACAUCCCUAGGCACAUGUACCAGGAUGGAAACGCGUUCGAGUCCUGCUCGGCCUGCAAACCCAAAACCUUUAGCACGGUAACGUACACCCUGUUCUGCCCUGGACAAACCCCCGGUACCAGGAAGAAACGGGUACAGCGUGUCAAGCAGUGUAGGUGCACUACAAUAGACACGGAUUAGACCCGAAAAGACUAUUGGAAUUUGACGACGUUCAUUCAAAAUGAUGGAAUUUUCAUAUUUACUUUACAAUAUCAAGUCCAACCAGAAUGGACUAAAAACUCUCCUAAUUUGGAUCAAACAGGACGCAUUCACAGGCACCCACUUCUUAUUUUGUGUAUUAUUUUUGUCAUUAAGAUAAUAAUUGAGUGUAUUUCUAAAUUACUCUCUAUGUAAUGAAGUUGAAAUAUGUUAAGUAAAUUAACUUUCUUCAUAACUUUUUUCCUUCAAUACAUUUUUUAUGACUCAUAGUGACAUAAAAACAUUUCAGUACCUCCAAGUUUAAUUGAUUUUAUGGAAAUUGCUCCAAUAUUGGUUUGUUUGGGGUUUUUUUGGAUAAUAAGGGAAUAAUACACAUAACAUAGAUUGUGCCUCUAAAUUGAUGUCUUCUAAUUGUCACAUAAUUAAAAUUGUUGCGCAUUAUUUAAACAAAUGUUAAGAUGUUCUUAAUAGUUAAUGCCUUUCUGUAAAUAUGUUUUAUGUUGUACAUGAAAGCUAAAAUGUUAUAUUUUGAAUAGAACAAAUACUGGUCUUCAACGUGUUUGGAUGGUUAGUUUCCACUAUGUGGGAUGUCAGAGGGUCUUAUAGAAACCCCCUGCAAUUUGACUUGCUUCACCAGCAAUUUGUGUUGCCAACAUUUGCUUGUCAAUAAAACUAA